UCGCCUUAUGCUGUUGAUUAUUGUUUCACCAUGUAUGGACUUGGGUAUGAUUCAGUUAGUGAUGAUUAUAGGGUUGUUAUGAUUUCUCAUAAAAUUCCUGGGAUUGAACCUGGUUGUAUUGAGAUGUUUGUUGAUGUUUAUUCAGUUGGAAAUGGUACUUGGAAGAGAGUUGACAGUUCUCCAUAUAAUCAUACUAUUAGUGAUUUUGAAGCAGGCGUUUUUGUUGAUGGGAGUAUCCAUUGGCUGGCUAGAAAAACUACAGAUGAGUCAUGUGUUAUUGCAGUAUUUAAUCUAAGGGAAGAGAAGUUUCGUGAAUUGCCACUUCCUAGUUUGGUUGACAAGUAUGUGGUGGGUGAUUUUGAUGAUGAAGUUGAGGACUUAGUGUUCGAUAAACUGGCGGGGCUUGGAGGGUAUCUUUGCGGGUACCUUGAAUUCUUGGAUAAUUGUCAAUCAAUUGAUGCAUGGAUGAUGAAAAAAUAUGGUGUCCAAGAAUCUUGGACUAAAAUCUUUGUCAAUGAUGACCCAUACUCAUCGUUUAGGCCAAUAUGUUUGUAUAAGAAGAAACAAAUGGUGUUGUUGAUGCAUGAGGACAAUAUUGAUGAGAAAUUGGCAAUUUACAAUUCAGAAGAUGGAACUUUAAAGGAUAUUGAGUUGAUGGCAUUCCAGGUAGUUUUAGUGUAGGAGUGAGCUUCACGGAAACCCUUGUUUCUCCUCAUUGCAGUAACGAAGCUAUGUGAAAAGUUAGCUUCAAUGGAGCAAAUUGCAGCUAAGUAAAGCUUUACUUCAGAGGAGAAAAAGGAUUCUUAGCAUGUUCUAAAAAAUUCUAUAAUGGAGGAUUGAUACAAAGGUUGGAUUAGUUACCUAUUGUUAAAGAAUGAACUGCUUAACCCACCUGGGCAAGUAUAGUGUUUGCUGAAACCAGUUAAAAUGAAGAAGAGACCGAGUCUUCACUUGUAUAAGAGGUCUUGUAUAAGAGUUUUAGUCUGUGUUUGACUGUUUGUGGUUACUCUUCUCAUAUCUUUGGAUUCGUGCUACAAUUUUAUGAUCUUUCCUUUUAUGUUCUUCGCUUGUAUUUCAGUGUUAGUUUUAAAGUCGAUAUUCGA